UUCCUACUUCCGCAUCCUAAAGGGUCAUGUUGACGAGCAAAAAGAAAUACUUCUGUUUCUGCUAAAGAACUGCAGUAACUGUUAGGAGCCAUACCCAAUGCAGACAGCUCCGGAAAUGAAAGGUGUGUGUUCCUGCUUCAAGUAGCAGAGAUGGAUGUAGAAGGACAAAGGCCCAUGGUGUCAUGGGAGAACAGCACCCUGGCUCCAGUGGACCGCCUUCGUUGUGAGAGGGCAGACAGUCCUACCCCAGGUCUGGUGGAGGGAACUGAACCAGGUGCUGUUCAUCAGAGUGCCAUGUUCGUCCAUACUCAGUCCUUUGAGGAUCUGACCGCUGAAGCUGAGGAGGCACAAAGGGAGGCUGAACUGGACCAAACAGAUGAGUGUACACAGGAGCUCAAAGCACUGGUCGUCGGGGAGAAAACCAUAGAGGAGCAGCACAACAACAGUGACAUUUCAUCAGAGAGUCGGGCUAAGGAAGAGGAUGUGUCCAGCGAGGCGUGGAGGAGCCACAGGAAACACGUGUUUGUACUGAGUGAAGCGGGGAAGCCCAUCUACACCCGCUACGGCACUGAAGAGGCUCUGUCCAGCACCAUGGGGGUGAUGAUGGCCCUGGUGUCCUUUGUGGAGGCUGAGAAGAACAUCAUCCGCUCCAUCCAAGCAGAUGGUUGUAAAGUGGUUUUCCUCACCAAGAGUCCUCUGGUCCUGGUGGGCGUGUCCCGUACCUGUCAGUCAGAUAAGGAGCUUCUGCGGGAGCUCCAGUACAUCUACUACCAGAUCGUCAGCCUGCUCACCCUCACCCAGCUCAACCACAUCUUCCAGCACAAGCAGAACUACGACCUGCGCCGCCUCCUGGCCGGCUCCGAGUACCUGACGGACAACCUGCUGCUCCGUCUGGACCGCGACCCCGGCCUCCUCCUCAGCGCCGUCACCUGCCUGCCUCUGGCCAGCUCCGCCAGGGACGUGGUGUCGUCCAGCCUGCAGACGGCCAAAGCCAAAAACCUGGUCUUCUCCAUCCUGUUGGCUGGAGACCGCCUGGUUACCCUGGUGAGGAAAAAGGACCAGUAUUUGCACCACAUAGACCUGCACCUGGUCUUCAACCUGGUCGGCUCGUCCUCGUCCUUCCGUGAGGGCGAAGGCUGGACGCCCAUCUGUUUGCCAAAAUUUAACACUGCAGGGUUUUUCCACGCUCACAUUUCGUACCUGGAACCAGCGUCUGAGCUCUGCCUCAUCCUGGUGUCGACCGACCGGGAGGACUUUUUUAACAUGUCCGACUGCAAGCAGCGGUUCGUGGAGAGGCUGAGCAAACGCAGCGCCUACCAGGCCAUGAAGGAGGCGCUGAAGUGUCCCAGUUAUUCUGUAGAGCAGGUCGGCAUCCCGGAGCUCAGGCACUUCCUGUACAAGUCCAAGAGCUCAGGCCUGUACACCAGUCCAGAGUUUCCACAUUUGUACCAGUCGGAUGAAGAACAGGAACGUCUGAUGGGUUUGUACCAGGACCUCCACAGUCACCUGCAUCAUCCAACCAGGCCACUGCGCUCCUUCUACCGCUGCAGUCAAACUGAAAACCUGCUGGCCUGGGUGACCAGUGGCUUUGAGCUCUACCUCUGCUUCAGUCCUCUGGGGACCAAGGCCUUGGCUGUUUCUGCCGUCAACAAACUACUGAAGUGGAUCAGGAAGGAAGAAGACCGCCUCUUCAUCCUCAGUCCGCUCACAUACUGAGGCCAAUGCAGCGAUUACUGUCAAACCUGUGCAUUUCCUCUGGUAUAACUGCGAAUGUUAGAUGAAGGAGACACAUGAAUGCUUUAUUUUAGCUGGUGGAUGUUUUAUACCUUUUAAUUUGGGAGAACAACAGUAGACAGAACCAUCAUUUACACAGAAUCAUCAUUUGUUUGUUGUUGAAGUUGUGCCAUAAGUGAUAGUUUUACUGGAACACACCUCUGAAAUAUGACCAUUCUGUCUUUGUUUUAAUGCUUUUUGCUCGUUUCUAACAACCAAGAGUGGAUUUAACAACUGGAAAAUAAUGAAUGACAAAGGAAUUAUUGUGUUAUUUUUAAUCUGCGGUCAUCUCCAUUCCUAUAAACGCACUUUGUUUAUGCAAACGACACUCCAGACUCACAUGUACGGGGUUAGGUUGGUGUCAAAAUAUAUGUGUGCAUUAGACAGGUCUGCGUUCAUAUUAGUCUGUAUUUGUGCAAAAUAUAAAUAUGUGUAAACUGUUGAAUGAGUUCAGUCGUACAUUAAAUGUAUUGUUUGUAUUUGAUCAGAAUUCGAAUGAAUAAGUUUGGACAAGAAUUACAAACAGGAAUGAAACUUUACAAAUUCACGAAUACGAAUUCACCAACGUGACUCUACUGUCCAAAAUCUGUCCUCAUUUCACAGACAUCAUUUCUGAAGCAGAGGAUCCAUGGAUUCACAGACUGACCAUGAGUUCAGGUUCCUUCUCCGUGGUCAGAACAUUGGACUAAUGGUUGGAUUGGACCUGGUUUCAUUCUCUGACUUCGUUGUCCAUCUUGGACAGUGAUCCUGCCUGACCUGGACCUGAUCUGGAUCUGAUCUGGACCCUGAACUCAUGGUCAGUCUGUGAAUCCAUGGAUCCUCUGCUCCAGAAAUAAUGUCUCUGAAGUGGGGACGGAUUUUUACCCUGCCCAAAAAAGGGGAGGGAAGGGGUAUUGUUUUUGGUUCUGUUCUCUUUGUUUGUUUGUUUGUUUACACUUUAGCUGCAAAACUAUUGGUUGAAUUCAUACCUAAUUGGAUUUAUACAUUACCAGUGACCCAGA